AUGCGUGCGGCUUCGUCGGGAUCCAGCGACGACUUAGAGACGAUCCGUAGUUCUGAGGGAAGCCAAGAGGCAGUUCAUCGCGAAGCGAUGAUGGAUACGGAGAACUUGAGUCGGGCGCAGCGCGUCCUGGUCUCGGAGUCGAUGCCUCCGCUUGAUCGGGAGCGCGUACGUCCUUCGGUCGUCGAGGGCCAGAACUGGCGGAAUGUCGUGAAGACGAGAUCGACCGUCGAGUCGGUGACAAGACUUCUACGGGCUCGCGACACGGCGGGGGUUACGUUUAUAAUUCCGAGGAGCGACCAGCGGCCUUGGUCUCCUCCGAAGGGGUACCAAUGUGUAUACGAGUCAUAUUUUGAGGGCGACACAAAGCUGUGGUUUCCGAUUCCCCGACUCAUCACCGCGUUUGCAAUGCGUCGGGGAGCCGCCCUUAGUCAGUUUCUGAACGGUGCGUGGCCGCUGGCCGUCGCACUGAUGGUUAUCGGGGCGGAAGCCGGUGUUCCUCUCAAUGUCCGAGCUUUCAAGGAGCUAGUGUCAGCGAAGAUGAAGAACGGGCUGAUUUCGUUGAAGAUCCGUCCCAAUUAUAAUGUGGUGACCGUUGGUCUUCCGAACACCGUAGAGUACGAGGAGGACUUUUUGGAGAGCGCGCGUCUGAUCGCAUCGCAGAGACAGGAUCAUUGGGAUAAGUUGUCCUAUCAGAGGAUUCGUCGAUCGAUUGGGUGGAUUAGCCAACAGGUCUGGCGUUCAGAUACGAUCCCCAUCAUCACUAAGAAGACGAAGAGAUUCAAUUUGUUCACUCCGGCCUUGCAGAGAGAAAUAAAUCGAGCAAGAGCGAUGAGGGCUUUGCCGAACUUGAGUCUGGUGGUUGGGAGGAAAGCCGGUUUUGCGGAGAAGCCGCAGCCUGAUACCGCGGGUUCGCCUGAGGUCGGAGAUCCGAGCGUGACUGAGUCGGACGCUGAGGCUCAGCUGGUGAGGAAAACCAACAGAAAAAGGCAGUGCGAGGAGGAAGACGCGACUGCCGAGGAAGCGAACGUUGAUGAUGGCUCCCUAGAAGGACACUCUGGAUCGGAGAGGGGAAAGAAGAAGGCGAGGGGUGAUCCUUCCGUGAUUCGAUCCUCGUCCAUUGAAGAAGGCGAGCUCAAGGAUCUGGAGCCGAGUGGUGGUUCCAAAGAUGAGGUGGUCCCCGAAUCGCAGCCUGCUGGCAGCCGUGACGAAGAUCCGCCGGUGACUUCGUCAAAGGCCAAAAAGAAGGAGAAGAAGAAGAAGAGGAAGAAGAGAGCCGCCGAAGUGAUUCCUCGAGGCUCUUCCGAGGAGCUGGAUGACGAGCAGGUGGAUGCUACCCGUUCCGGGGAAUCGCUGGUCCCGGGGCACGAGGACGUGCAGGCUGAGUCCGCUCCUCAGGUCGCCGAAGGGACCGUUGUUGUCUCGAAAAAGAGGAGGAAGAAGAAGAAGAGUUGUCCGGACAAGGUCUCUUUCUCCUACGAUCGCGAGGUCCCUUUAGCGCAUGACGAACAGGAGUGCAGUCGUCUGGUUCGUCAGUUCAGGGGAGAUCGAGGCGAGCUACCGCCGGUCAAGGACUUGAUCUUCAAGGAAGAAUACAACUUCGCCUCCCGUACUUCCAUCAUGAGUCACGGGGACUGGAACGUCCUAGUCAGGAAAUACGACGAGGAGCUGAAAGGGGCGUUCGAGAUGGUUCGUAAGCAGAAAGGGCUCAAUAAACGCGCGACCCGGGCUUUGAAGGAUACAGUCCGUGCAAAGGACGAGGCGGUUGCUCGGGAAGAGGCAUUGAAGAAGGAGCUUGACGAGCAGAGAGAGAUCAUGGCGACCGAACUGGCGUCCGCCCGGAAGCUGGUGAAGCAGGCGGAGGAAGAGAAGGCCAAGAUGCGGAAGAGAAACGCCGAGUUGCAGAGCAAGAACGCAAUCCUUGAAAAGGAGGCGGCCGCUGCGUCUUCGGAGCAUUCCAGGGAGAUGGAUCGUCUGAGGGAGUCUCGUAAGCUUGAGGUCACCCACGAACGAAUCCGUGUGAUGACGGCGAUGACCGGAAAAUGCUCCCGACGCUUCAGGAAUAUUCAGGAUCGGGAGAGGCGCCGUGACAAGUUCGAAGACGCGCGGUGUAUGCUCGGCCAAGUGCGCGGGAUGCGAGACUGCCUUGAGGCGUUGAAGGAAUCGGGGAAAGAUAUCCCGCAUGAGACCAUCGAUACGUACGCUGAUUUAGAGAAGUACUAUGACGGGGAGACGACUCGUCUGGAGGUAGGCGUGAUUCCGGACUCGGAUCUGACCUUAUCGCCCUUGGUGCUGGAAUCUCGAUUCGUGAUCGAGGAAAUCCUCGAUAGGGUUGACAAACACGGGUCGAACCUUGAUCUGAUCGAUUCCGAGGCCGCGAGAGCGCUCCGAUCCCCGCGUGAUGGAUUCACUAGGGACCUCCUCGACACGGUAAAAUCUCCUGCUCGUCCCGACGCCACUCUUCCUAUCCAGGAGACUGCUCUAGUUCCCGAUAGAAGUGCAGUCGAAGCGGGCCCGAAGGCGCCUGAUGCCGGCAUCCCGGAGAAGCUUGUCACGAUCUCCGACACGUCGUCCCUUGGGAAUUCCGACCCUGAUGCGAGCGAAGGUCUCUCGGAUCCGAACCGCGAGAUCAGGCUCGUUUCUCCGCCAAGCAAGGACCAAGGCGCCGGCGAGGUUCUUCCUGCGAAGCCGUUCGGUAACGUCGUCGGUUCGGACGUCCCUGAGAAGAAGGAUCCCCCUGCUGAGGGAUGA